AUGGACGUUAAAGGUGUGAAAUGUAUCACUCCAGUUGAUGUAGUAAUAAAGAGUAAUCCACUUGUUAUGGGUAUUGAAAAAAUGUCUAAGAAAUGGAGUAAGAGGUGGCCUGACAUUGACCAGCCUUGGCCAGUGGAAGGUACCCUUAAUCCUGAAGUGGUUAAAACAAUGCACGUGCUAGUGUCCACCUAUAAGGCAGAGCAAAAGAAAGGAAAGAAGGGAAAGAAACGGCAAGAAAAGAGACAGAGGGAGCUUAACAUUUUGCACUUGUUUGAGCAGGAGGGGCAGAAAAUGCUAAAAGCCGAUAAGGAGAGAAAAGACAGGAUUGUAGAAGAAAUAAACAAAAAUGUUAAAUCAACAGAAAAAUUGAUGGCAGAAGUGAAUAAACCUUUCUCACACACAACCCCAGUGAAGAGCCCCCCACCGUAUGAGAAAGAGAUAAGAUACACUGAUGUCUAUCCUCAGCUCCCCGUGAUUAAACAGGAGGGCGUGUAUCACAUCAAAGAUGAGGAGGAGCAGAUGAUAGAGACAGGAACAGCUAAAACAACUAUAAAGAUGUACCCAAGCAGUAAGAGUAAAAAGAAAACAGGUCAUCCAGCAGCUAGGGGCGAACAAAAAUACAGAAAAAUAGAAAUGGGAGAGGAUAGUCAGAGUGAUUCAGAAGAGGCUAUUGGAGGCUACGACCCGGCAGUCAGAAACAUAUUAGCCAGAGCAGAAAAAAAGAGGAGGAGAAUCACUGAGGAAAAAAGAGCCAGUAAAAGACACCUCAGAGGAGAGUGA